GACCAUUUGGACGCCUGAGUGAUGAACAAAUCCUGCUUCCAGCAUCCAGUCUUUGCUUCAACCAAGAAAACUUUGACAGGAGAUCCUCAAAGUAUUCCUUCUACUAUCCGACAUUGUCCUUCGUCAAGGGUUUCCAAGAUGAAAAAAACCAAGGCCAGGAUUAUCUUAGUUGUUGGAGCACUUUUCCUGUUGGUUCUCCACCUCUUCAGGUACUCGGAUCACAGAACCUUCCAACGCCAGAAGAACACAGCAGGGAGUACUAAGCUAAAAGAGACAACUAUCAAAAGCAAACCUUAUGUAUACACCUGGCAAAAAUGCCAGCGAAAUGUGACUGCUGCCAACAUUACAGGCUUCAAAGACCUCCCUCAGAAUAUCAAAGACUUUCUCUACUAUCGUCACUGUCGACAUUUCCCCAUGCUGCUCGACCUCCCUGAUAAAUGCGGAGGAGCGGCGGAAUCUGGAGCCGUUUUCCUUCUGCUGGUCAUCAAGAGUUCCCCUGCAAACUACGAACGGCGAGAGGUGCUGCGGAAAACCUGGGCUAAAGAAAGGUUACACAACGGUGUGUGGAUUCGAAGGAUUUUCAUUUCUGGAGUAUCAGGAACUGGUUAUCAGAAAGAGAGAUUAAACACUCUCCUUCAGCUGGAGCAAAAGCACCACAGAGAUAUACUCCAGUGGGACUUCAAUGACUCGUUCUACAACCUCACUUUGAAGCAGAUACUCUUCCUGGAAUGGAUGGAAAGAAACUGUCCGAAUGCUCGCUUCCUUCUCAAUGGUGACGACGAUGUGUUUGCCAACACAAACAACAUGGUUGUGUAUCUCCAGAGCCUUGAGAAAAAUAAUGGGAGCCAGCAUCUCUUCACCGGCCAUCUGAUCCAGAAUGUGGGGCCCAUCAGAGCAUCAGGGAGCAAAUAUUUCAUCCCAGUUCAGGUUCAAGAAUCAAAUUCAUACCCUCCAUACUGUGGUGGAGGAGGCUUCCUUCUGUCGGGGCAUACAGCUAUGAUUAUAUACCAAAUGUCCAAAUCCAUAGAGAUUCUACCCAUUGACGAUGUUUUCAUGGGGAUGUGCCUCGCCAAAGCCGGACUUGGCCCAUCCUCACACAUGGGAGUGAAGACAGCAGGGCUGCACAUUCCCUCUGAAAAAGUAGAUGAAUACAGUCCAUGCUACUAUAAAGAAAUGCUACUGGUUCACAGGUUCCUGCCCGCUCAGAUGUACCUGAUGUGGCACAGAAUCGAGGACCCAAAUCUAAAGUGUGGUGGCUCGUAGGAAACCUCCUAACAGAACUGAACAUCUGAUACUUUAUUGGGGUUCUGUUGGGCUGCUUUGAAAGACUUUUUUUAAGAUCCUUUUUGCUGAAUAUGAGCAAAGUAUUUUGCAUUUAUAAUUUCAGCUAUAAAAUAUGAAAUGCAAGUGAAGCCAGUCAUAUUUUUGCACGUUUAUUAGAUGUUUAAUUUGUGGCAUUUUUCUUUUUUUCUAAACUAUACAAGCAGGUGACCAACAUUAGGUCACAUAAUGUUAGCAAAGACAACAGAGGGAUUUAUUUUUGUGUAUUUAUCUAUUGUAUUCUAACAUGACAACAAUAGAUCCGGUGUGAGAGAGACGGCUAAAAAAGACGCUUCCUGCCUACAGCUAUAAACACCUACAACACCUGUGGGUUACUGCAAUAUUUAAUUCCCCUUUGGGAUUAAUAAAGUAUUUUUGAAUUUGAAUUUAGUUGAAUAGCUUGGCUUUUCAUUUGUGUUCAAAUUCCUAAUCACUCAUUAGCUUUAAAGACUUUAUCUAGAGUUAAAAUAAAAAAGUGAGAUCUAAGCUUUUCACUCAGGUAGUUUUUCCAUUCACAUGUUGCAGCUAAUGCUAAUAUAUUCAUUUUUGAAGAUAAAUUAAUUGACUGAACGUUAGUGGCUGAGAUGAGGGAAAUUAUUUACCUGUUUCUCUGUUGAGAAAAGAAGCAAAGUUUAAAAGCAUACGGAGAGCAGGCUGCUGUUCGCAAACUGCCUAAUAUGGAGGAUCAAACAAAUUGACAGGCUCAGGACGGUGUGCGGCCAUUUGCUUGCUUAAACAGUGAAGUUAGUCCAUACAGACUCGAUGGUUUCCGUUUACAGGUGUUAUGAAAAAAACGUUUAGUUUCAAGAUUGUUAAUGAUUCAGUUUUUGGGGACCGUACAAACAAGAGUUUAUAUUUUUAAGGCUUGGCACAGGUUGGGUCUAGAUUUUGUGACAAAGAUGUUUUUAAAAAAGAUUUUUUUAGGCUCUAGUGGACUAUUUUUUUGUAUUUUUCGAAAGUUUGCAGACAGGACAUGGGAUUAGAGAGAGAAGGGAAGACAUGCAGCAAAGGUCACAAGGUCGCCACUGUAAUUUGUGUCGGAUACGUCGAGGACUAGACUUUGGUACGUAGGUCGUGUACUCAACCCCUGCACCUCCACCGCGCCCACGUGCAAAGGAUCUAGUUAAUGUAUAAAGCACUGAUGAGAGUUUUAUUAGUCAUUAGUCAUGCAGAAGUACUUUGUAGUUUUUACAGAGAUUCUGAAACAUUGUCACAACCCUACAGAAAUAUUUGAUCUUUAAAAUUUUAAACUGCAGAAAUACCUUCAAUCUUUAAUGUGAGAUAUAACUGGUUCUAGAACGAUCAACAUAGUAAAAAAUAGAUGUAGGUAAAAUUUAACAUUUAAUUUUAUUUAACAUUUUUUGUUUACCAUCAGUUCUAAAUAAAAUAAAUAUAGUAUAAAGUUCAGCCUGGUCUUCCUGACAUUUGGAGAAAGAUAAAUACUAGUUUGCUCUAGGUUGCCAGAUGGUGUCAUUGUCCGCCAGAUUACAAAAAGAUAUCCUGGAUAUUGUUCAAAAAUAUAUGAAAACAACACAAUGCAUGAUCUGAACACAAAGGCUUUCCAUCAAGUUAUUGAUGGUAAUUAUCUAAAUGUCACAGCAGUCUAGUAGAUUCCCAGAAUGUCUGGAGUAAGAAAUUUGGCUCCAAAAUAAAAAACGUUUUCUGUAGAGAAAGCACCAUGGUGGAAAGUGAAAUUAUGAGUUAUGAUCUGCAGGAACCACUCUAACUCUGGGUCACUAAAUUGUUACAGAAACCACUUUGAAAAUUGAAAAAAAGAACAUCCUACCUACAGAGAAAGGUGCUCUGUAGUUCAUUUUCCAAAGUUGAAACUGCUGGAUAAAAUAGUGAACAGAUCCUAACAUAGUGUAUUACCAAAAC